UCUCUCAUCUAUGCUGUGCUGCCACCGCUCAUCAAAAACUCCAUGCCAAAAGUGCCAUCUCUGCGCCGUUCGCUUUCGGGCUACAACCGUGCAGCUGCAUUAGUCGGUCACGUACGAGCGUUGAGCACAGAGAGCUCGAGACCUGGCUCAGCUACCCCUCCACCGCCCUAUCAGGAGCCCAUCGCUUCUCUGACUUCCGUCCUGUCUGAUAUCGAUUUCCAAGAUACACCGCCGACGUCGCCUCGUUCUUUACCCGUGGAUGCACCUGUCUUCGUUGAUGACGAGCGAGCCGGGAUAAAAUGGGAGUUUGCACGUCAAGGCUCGAGUCUACUCCAAAGCUCAUCGUGUCUUUCCUCCAAUCCGGACUUCAGUCGCCAGCUGUACAUUGAUGCUGUCAGCUAUCUUCUUCGAGGUCUGCCACGGAACCUUUUCAUGGAAGAGACAGUACGACUUCAAGCGGCUAUACCAUCCGAGAUGAUGCCGCCUCAGCAGCCUAUCGAGACAGUUGUUGUCCAAGGCCAAUCUCAUGAUCAUCGGGCCACACAGCAAGAAGAGGAUCCAACAAUACUCCAUCGUAUGGUAGCAAUGGUAGUGCUCCAGAUGUUCCUUCUCCUCUCCUUCCUCUGGCCGUACGUCCAAACGGGAUGUCGAGGUGCGUACGAAUACGAGAGAGAAUACCACAUCUCGGAGAAGAUACUCAACCGGUCCUGGACGACCGCAAAUGCAUUGAGCAAAAAUACCAUGACUGUUGCCAAAACGGUCUGUAGCUGGAACGAUGGUCAAGUGGGUGCAGCCCUUGAAGAUGUGGUCGUCUGGUGGGUCCAUGGCAUCACUGGUGGACUGCGAGAUGGUGUAAAGGAUGGUAUGGAAAUGUUCGGCGUCAGA